GGACCAUAAAAGCAGUCAUGAACGCAACAUGUGGAAAGAGGUCACAAUGGAGCGAGUGACUCGUGCUAUCGACGCCACAUUGACAGCGCUCUACAUCAUGACAUCACAUGACAUGCCUAAAGAGGUCUUCAUUGAAGAUGUCAUAGACCGGAUCGCACAGCUUACAAAGUUUCAUCUCAUGAACACAAUAUAUCCUGAGUUUGAUCCUAUUUACAAAGUGAAACCUGAUGACAAAGGUUACUCGCAAAAUUUGAAAAUGAAACGGGCGAGGGCGCAUGGUUCAAAGGAGAAGACUGUGUUGACAUUAUAUAAUAAACUGUGUGAAGUUGUAUCUAAUCUGUCAGAGUUAUUGGAUGUUCAAAUUUUGACAGAUUCAACUGUGUUAGUG